AUAAUACCUAAGUACUAGGCUGAGCAAAUAAUUGGAAUGAAGCGAUUUUAGUUUCAAAACCAAACAGAAGAUCUUUUAAAACCAACCUCUUUCCCCUUGCAAGAUAGAACAAUCCUCUAUUAAGGAGUUCCAGAACACGAGGUGAUGUCUUUUUUCGUUGAUGCAUGAAACUUUAUCAUCCCUGUGCUUGGCUUUCACUUUAUAAUGCCACUGAAUUAUACAGUCUGUCACCACUCAUGACAGCUUUGCUUUAUGACCUCACCUGCUGACAUCAUCUAUUAAACAAUGCCAAGAGGUUUCAGAUCAGUAACCUCCAAAGGACUCAGGCACCAGAGUCAACCAUCAUGCAGUGCAAAGGAAUACACUGCUAGCUUAUGUACAGAUGAGUUGCAGGUUUCACCUUCCGAGGCACUUGUUGCUUCUGGCACCAUGGAUGAUGCUGCAGUCCUUAAGAGGAAAGGUUACAUCAUGGGGAGCAAUUUAGGAGAGAGCUCUUUUGCCAAAGUGAAAUGCGCCUACUCUGAGCGCCUGAAAUUUCACGUGGCAGUGAAGAUUACAGAUAGGAAAAAUGUUCCUCCUGAGUUCUUGGAAAAAUUUCUCCCCAGGGAAUUGGAGAUAUUGGCAACAGUGAGCCACUGUUCUAUCAUCAAGAUCUAUGAGAUCUUUGAGACAUCUGGCAAAGUCUACAUAGUCAUGGAGCUUGGUGUACAAGGAGACUUACUGGAGUUCAUCAAGAGAAACAGAGGUCUGCCUGAAGAAGUAGCACGCAAGAUGUUUCGCCAGCUAUCUUGUGCUGUCAAAUACUGCCACGAUUUGGACGUUGUCCACAGGGACCUGAAAUGUGACAACAUCCUCUUGGAUAAAGACAUGAACAUCAAACUGUCUGACUUUGGCUUUUCCAAACGGUGCUUCCAGGAUGAGAAUGGGAAAGUGAUCCUCAGUCAAACCUUCUGUGGUUCUGCUGCUUAUGCUGCUCCUGAAGUGAUAGAAGGCAUUCCUUAUCAGCCCAAAGUUUAUGACAUCUGGAGCCUGGGCGUCAUUCUGUAUGUGAUGGUCAGCGGAUACAUGCCAUACGAUGACUCCAACGUUAAGAGAAUGCUCCGCUUUCAGAAGGAACACCGAGUGAUCUUCCCUGAGUCUUUGACACAAGAAUGCAAAGAUCUUAUUUUCCGUAUGCUGCAGCCCGAUGUGUCUCACCGGCUACAAAUCGAAGAUGUUUUGAACCAUGCUUGGGUGCAGGGGAAGCGCCAGAAGCCACACACCAUGCUUGAAUAAUCAAUCAAUAAACCACUAAGCACAAACAAAGGGGAAGGCAUAUCUGUUUCUAGAGACUGUCACACCGCAGAGUGCUGAAACUGCGGCUGUGAUCCAUGGUUUCCUUUGCUCAAUGUGCCCUGUCAUUCUCAUGGUGAGAUUUCUAUCCACUUUCAUAUUUAGAAACCAAUUCAGUUGCAGCCAGCUGCUGCGUGGAAGCUAUUAUUUCCUUUAUUUGCCUUGCUGCUGAGGUCAAAAUGAAUGACAAUUUCUCAAGGCACUCAGAUUUUUAGCAGUAGUUCUCCCUCCAGUGAGCCAGCCAGCAAUUUUAGCCUCUGCCCAUCCCACGGUUACCUGACUUAUUCAGUGUGUCAUAAACAUGCCUUGGUGCUCAAUGGACAGAGGCUCUGUGCUGCCCCAAAGAGCUGCUUACGAGUUAAGGUUGACACAGGAUGAUGAGAGAUGGGGGCACACCAGCAGAGUAGGAAGGGGCCUCCCAUAGUGAUCCCCUAGAACUAGUGUCGGCAGGAGAGAGGGCUUGGUUAUUGAUUCCAGGGGCAGUCGUGGUAGAAAGGCCUGGAAGCUCCUCAGAGUAGCUGUUUGCUUUUCUCAGCCUCCAAAUAUUGUUUCUUCUUGCUUCUCCUCCUAAUCAUCCUCAAACAGAACCCUCUGCCAAUCAGAGAGGGGCUCAGGCUCCGAAUCCAGGGCAGGUGGAAUUUGUUCCUCUGUUGCUGGUAUCUACUAGUGAAGAAGGUAAUUUGUAGUCAGCCUGACCAGAAGUCAUGGGAGCUGAUGGCUUCUAAGUCCCUGUUCUCACUCCAACUUUGAACUUGUGAUCACUUAGUGCCAGGGUUGGUGUCACAGUUCAAAGCUUCUGCACCUGGUUUUCCCCUCCAUGGUCCUUCUUCUGAGCCGUCACUUCUCUGGGCAGAGACCCAUGGCUCUCUCUCUCCUGACCGAGAGUUCAUCCAGGCUUCAGAAUUCCCCGCCUACACUGUGAUACUCCCAGCAAGCCAAAGUGCCUAAACAGGCCAGCAUCUGCGCUUUGCUCUCUCUCUUCAGAGCCUAUACACAGUGUAAUUGCCCACAGUUAUAAGUUACCACACAGCUCUUUCUAAGCAAGCACCUUUAUUCAUUACAGAGAAAACAUACUAAAGCAAUAAAAGAACCUACACGCAUGCUAACAGGCUUACCAGAUGUCACCCCCCAAUUCCAGCAGGGGUUCUGGUAGGAGUCAGUCCUUCAAAUCACACCAAGGGAUUUUUCUGUGGUUAUAAGUUCAUAGCAGCUUUAGCUCAGAACUAGCUCCCCCGCCACCCCCCCGAAGCUCAGUUUUUCCUUUAGACAGCUUGGGCUUUUGAUCUUGAGACUCCGGGAACUGCUAAUCAGUAGACAAUGGUCCUCUCUUCAGGGCGUAGCUUCAAAAGGCUUGUUUUUUUCAUAACUAGAGGUGGGAAUUUGCAUUCCCCUCCCCCUAGAUACUCCCUAGGAAAAACCACUUAACACUGUUUGUCCAAAAAGUCUAUUCCUGUCUGGCACAUUGUCCCAUGAUAAUACAUACACCAUUCAUUUACUAAAAUGGACCCAAAGAGAUGUAAAACUUAAUUCAAUGAGAUUUUGCAGGAACUUGCUAUAUCUGUCACAGCUGGCCCUACACAGGGUUUCUGUCAUGCCCAAUCUGGUGAAAGCUGUUAAUAGCCAUGCCAGCUAGGAUUUUUUUGCCCCUGCCAGUGCCUAAGCUGACAUCAGUUCAGUACAGGAUGUUCAGUUUUGUUUCAGUGUGGACAGAAUCCUCUAAUCAGGUUUGUGUUGUAAAUUUGGUCAGUGGUCCUCCCUUCCCAGCUGUAUGAAAUGGGACAUCCCAGACUGCAUUGCUGCACAAGCUGCUGAUUCCGUUGGGUUUGUGUCCUAUGGGUGCUCUAUCCCCUGCUGAGGCACUAUGGGAUAGCUGUCCCGAUUUUCCUAGAGUGCACUAUUACAAACACUACUAGGUGGCACGGAAGUGAGGAAAGACACACAAACUCAGCUGUGAUGGCAGAAAAGCUGCCAUUUGACACAAUCUGCACCGCACAAGUUGUAACUGGUCAAGGGGGUUGUACCACUCACCAGUUACAAAAUCAUGGGGAAGAGAUGUACAGACAGGAGUUAUAUAGCUUUCCAUUGGUCUCUUUCCCUUCCUAGUGAGGCAUGGUUUGCUCAGGACUCUGCCUCCGGCUGUGUAGUGCAGUGCAGUGAGACCCAGGUCCAGCAAUUGUAAGCCCAGGUUUAGAGUGAAG